AGCAAUUUAAAACAGCUGAUUGUUGUUACGUUGUUUUGUUGAGGAACCUAGUUUAAUGAAAUUUUAUUAAAAUUGACUUAAUGCCACGAUGAAUAACCUCCUGCGACAGGGACAUCGCCUGGGCUGCUGCCUACCGGUUGUCCAACAGCAAAUCCACACCACCGCCGUGCAUAGAACCUUCUGGGAACGUGAAAAGAAGUCCGGCUACAAAACUAAACUGCCGGAGCCUUCGAAAAAACAACUCAUUAUGGACGGAUUGAGGGAUCUGAAGGAAGAGAUGAAACUGUGGCGGCAGGAGGUCAAGGAGCAGCUGGAGAGUGAUCCCAUCCUGGUGUUCCGGCCUGGAGAAACAGAUGUCGUGUUCGAUUUCAAAGCGCCGGAUGUGCUAGACAAGUGGACAGUGACUGCAGAUGCGGAUCACGGCGAGGGAAAGAGUAGUGCCACCUUGGAGCUUAGUGCAGCCGGAGCUGGUCUCUUUCAUGGCGAAGUCAACUCGGAUCACACCAAGGACGGUAUCAUAAAAAGGACGGGCUAUGCUAAUAUACGAACAAAGAGAGUUCGGAAAUCCUUUAAACGAGAGUCCACCUACGACUGGACGCAGUACAACAUGUUGAUCAUGAAGGUGCGAGGCGAUGGACGCAGCUACCUGAUCAAUCUGCACACCGAGGGCUACUUCGAUCUGAUGUGGAACGAUAUCUAUCACUAUGUGCUGUACACUCGUGGUGGUCCCCACUGGCAGAUAGCCAAAAUUCCCUUUUCCAAAUUCUUCCUCUCCUCGAAAGGACGUGUCCAGGAUCGCCAGGGAGCCAUACCGCUUAACAGGAUCACCCACUUUGGGUUCUCCGUGGCUGCCAAGAAGGGAAUGGACGGUCCGUUUGGAUUGGAAAUAGACUAUGUGGGUCUAGAGUACGAUCCCAGUCAUCGCGAGGAGUUCGCUUACGAGAUGUACCAGACUCCGAAAUAUAUUGUGGCCACGUAACGUAACGCUUACGUUACGGCGGUGUUAUUUAAUUGUAGAGUACGUACGGAAAACAGUAAAAAUUGGUUAACAGAAAAAUUAAAAAAGUAUUUUUCAUUCAAUGAAAG